AUGAAGAUCUGGAAAGCUUGCGUUUCACUUGCGAAGACGCCUGGUAAUGAAUGCUGGCCCACCGAAACUGAGUGGGCGUCUCUCAACGAUACUCUCUCGGGUGCCCUCAUACCUGGAAUUCCUCCUGCCUCAGUGUGCUAUGCCAAUCAACCGAAUUACGACGAAGAUGCAUGCACAACCGUCCGAUCUCAGUGGUUCAAUUCAACAUGGCACGCUGAAAAUCCAAUCAGCAUCGACUAUCCCAUCUGGACAAACAACUCGUGCAAUCCGAUUUUCCCGAACGGCACGAGCAUCACUGGAGAUGUGAAUGCUGGCAAGAAAGGAUGUACUAUCGGUAGAUACCCUGUCUACGCGGUCAAAGCCACAUGUGCGGAACAUGUUGCCGAGGCGUUACGAUGGGCGGGUAAAAAGAAUAUCAGAGCAGUCGUGAAGAGUACGGGGCAUUCUUACCCUGGCAGGUGCGUACAAGUCCAAGUCGCACCAUUAGUCGACGACCGCCUGACAUCUCAUAGGAGCGUUGGCUACGGCAGUCUCAGCAUCUGGACUCACCAUCUCCGAGGCAUAGAAUAUCUACCGUCCUUCGAACCGACUUCUUGUCCUGUUGAUGAACCGCUCACAGCAGUACGCGCCGCCGCAGGUACUACUGGCAUCGAAGCCCAGACUGCUAUGGCUAAGCAUAACUCGAUCCUCGUGACAGGGGCAAAUCCUGACGUUGGUCUUGUCGGCUGGUUGACUGGCGGCGGCCACGGUCCUCUGUCAUCCACAUAUGGCAUGGGAGCCGACAACCUGCUUGAAGCCACUGUCGUCACGCCCUCUGGAGACAUUCUGGUUGCGAAUCCCUGCCAGAAUUCCGACCUAUUCUUCGCCAUCCGUGGCGGUGGAGGUGGAACGUACGGCGUCGUCACUGAAGUUGUAGUGAGAACGUAUCCGGACCCCAAAACGACUAAAAUUCUCUUCGAAUUGAGCACUACAGGAUCUAAUGUAACUAACGAGUACUGGGAUCUGAUGGGCUUCUUACACGCAGACAUGCAGCGCCUGAAGGAAGGUGGCCUGUCUGGCUACUAUUUCAUGGCUGGACCGCCGUUGUGGCCUAUUUACGCCUUUUAUGGGCUGUUUACCGUAUACGAUAAACCCAACGGGACGGUGGAGAAGCUUUUCGCGCCUAUAGUCGAAAAGCUAGAGAGUCGUCCGGACCUUUUUCAGUAUACCUCAAAUAUUACGCAGGCAAAUACGUUUCUUGAAGCGUACGGUACUGUAACGAAUGAGCAGGUCGCCAGUGGCGGUUCUGCUUUCGGGUCUUGGUUGCUGAGCUCCAAGAGGCUACAAGACGCGAACGUAACCGCGAAGGUUUUCUCAGAGAUCGGGCCCAGUCUAAACGCCUCAGCUCCGAACGGUAUGUUCGGCAACACCCAACUCCUCGGCCACAUGAUCGCCUCUCCUCACACGCCUUCUUACUAUCCUUCCACCAUCUCCAUGAACCCAGCAUGGCGCACCGCCCUCACGCAUUUCAUCGCUGUUCAAAGCUGGCCCGAUGGCAUCGCACAACCUGCCAUCGACUCUGUAUACAGCGACGUUACAGCCAAGGUGCAGAAUCUGCGUGAUCUUUCGCCCGAAACGGGGGCGUACUUCAAUGAGGCAGAUAGCUACGAGCCGGAGUGGCAGCACGCUUUCUUUGGCGAGCACUACGAAAAGCUGAAGGAAGUGAAGACUAAGUAUGAUCCGGAAAAUGUGCUCUGGUGCCGACGAUGUGUGGGGAGUGAGGCGUUGGUGGAAAGGAUUGAUGGGAGGUUGUGCGCUGCUGGCAAGGCUGGUGUAGAUGACGACGGCACGUGGGUCCGGCGUAGUGAGCUUCGAUGA